AAGGCGUAGAUACUUCUAUGGAUGAUAACAUCAUUUAUGGAUCAACCCCACAAGAUCAUGAUCAAAGGUUGGAAGCAACAAUGAAAGUUGUGAAAGAAGUUGGACUGAAACUUCAAAAAGCAAAAUACGAAGUGGGCGUACAACAGUUGACUUACCUGGGGGACACAAUUUCGGCAGAGGGAUUGAAACCUGAUAAGAGAAAAGUUGAGGUAAUUCAGAACAUGGAAAGACCUGGAAACGAAACAGACCGCCAGAGAUUCCUAGGUAUAAUUAAUUAUCUUGCUAGAUACAUACCAGAUUUAUCCACUAGAACAAUGCCAUUAAUAAAGUUGUUAGACCAGAAUGUGUCAUGGAUGUGGAACAAUGAGCAAGAGAAAGCAUG